AUGUCGACUUCUUCGCCGUCUGAUAUUAAUGAUGAUAAAUUUAAUAAACUUAUUGAUAUGUUCAACGAUUUAAAAAGCUCGCAGAAUAAAAUCAUAUUAUCACUUAAUUCAUGCCGUGAGUCUAUUAAGUCGCAAGAUAAAAAGCUGUCUUCUUUUGAUUCCAAGUUUGACUUAUUUUCCAAUCAAAUUACUUCGGUAAUGGAAGAAAAUAAGUCAUUGAAAUCUAGAAUUGAGCAACUUGAAUCUAAACUAUCAUCAAUCAAACAAUCUCAAAGCAAUACUCACUCUACCAAUCAAGAAGGAUUUUUCUCAGAAUUUAUGGACCGUCAAUCUAGAUCUCGUAACAUUAUAUUGUUUAACUUGCCAGAUCUCUCAACAUCUGGUGAUGUCCAUAACAACGACGCUUCACUUAUUGACGAUAUGUUUAAUAUUAUCGGCAUAUCUACCAAACCACUGUCUGUUCAUCGUUUGGGAAAGCCUUCGAGUAAGCCUCGUCCUAUUCGGAUUGUUAUGCCGUCACCGCCUGAUGUUUUUAAAAUUUUAAAAGUUAAACGGCAGCUAUUAAAUGUUGAUAAAUUUAAAACUGUUCGGGUUUCAUCUGACCAAACAUUACAACAGCGUAAAUUAUACUCCUCGGUUGCCUCUGAACUUAAAACACGCAAAGAUGCUGGUGAAACCAAUAUAUUUAUUAAGUUUGUCAAUAAUUUACCAACCAUUUCAAAAAACGGUCAACGAGCCCUACAAUAG